CAUGCAUCCUUCACCCAUGCUGUUGACACCUUUUUACACGAUGAGUAUGAUACAUAUCGCUAUCACUCCAAACCAAGUGGGCCCUUGCCCCCCCUAUCCUCGGGGCACGGAUGGCAGCCAACAGAUUUUCAACCACCGGCGGCCACAAUGUGGAUCUUCCGCCAGUUCUUUAUGAAGAUCCAGAUCCGCCUCGAGUUCGCACUCCGACUUUUUGAGCACCUAUUCUGACUUCUGACUCCAAAACCGUCUGGAAAUGCGACUACGCAUACUCUAACAUACUACACCACCCGCCCCGCAACUCAAUGUGUAGCUGUCCGUCCUAGCGAUGACGAUGACGUUAACAUUGACGCCGGGCCUCUUCUUCUCCCUCAUCCUAACCCCCCUCCUAUUUCUACCAUGCAUCCUCGCAGAUGAAGGCCCCUACAACCAAUCGCAACUCUACGACCAAGGCCGCAUGGGCUCCUGGCCCACGGAGCUGUACCGAUCGACCACGGCGAUCGGGCUGGCCGUGAACUGGGUGCAGACGAGCCCGCGGUGCCAGGAUGCCGGAGAAUAUUACCUGCUCGCGCCGCGGGGCGCCAGCGUCCACCGGCCGGGGCCCAUGAUCCUCGACCACGGCGGCCACCUCGUCUGGACGAGGGCGUACGGGCAGACGUACAACGUGGACGUACAGCGGUACCGGGGCCAGGACUAUCUGACCUUCUGGGUAGGAAGCGAUGCCGAUGUUGGGCAUGGGCGGGGCACGUAUUUCAUGCUAGACUCCUCGUAUCAAGAAGCGUAUACCUUCCCGGCGGCGCGGAAUCGCCCCGGCGACCUGCACGAGUUCCACAUCACGCGCGACGACACGGCCCUCCUGACCAGCUACGACCGGCGGCGCGCCGACCUCUCGCGGGUGCCCGAUGAGACCGGGCAGGCAGGCCCCGUGGACGGCUGGAUCUGGGAGGGGACGUUCCAGGAGCUGGACAUCGCGACGGGCCGGCUGCUGUUCGAGUGGCGCGCCUCGGAGCAUUUCGCCUUCGAGGACGUCGUGCGCGGCCGCGAGGCCGGGCAGGGCGUCUCCGCGGCCGAGCCCUGGGAUUUCUUCCACAUCAACAGCGUCGACAAGGACCGCCGCGGCAAUUACUUGGUUUCGGCGCGGUAUACCAACUGUCUGAGCUACGUCGACGGGCGCACCGGCGAGAUCCUCUGGCGGCUGGGCGGAAAGAGGAAUAACUUUACCGAUUCAGCAGAGUCAGGCCCCGCCACGAACUUCACCUGGCAACACCACGCCCGCUUCCGCGACAACGACACCGCCAUCACGCUCUUCGACAACGCCUCCCGCGGCGUCGGCGCCCCCGCCCGCACCUCCCGCGGCCUGUACCUGGACGUCAACCAGACCGACCUCACUGUCCGCCUCCGCCACGAGUACUGGAACACCCCGGACCAAGCCCUCAGCAGCCAGAGCCAGGGCAGCCUGCAGCUCCUGGCCAACGGCAACGUGCUGGUCGGCUACGGGUGGAACGCGGCGUGGACCGAGUUCUCCCGCGAGGGCGAGCCCCUCUGCCAGGUGCACUUCGGCCCGCAGCGCGAGUUUGGGCUGGGCAAUAUCCUCUCCUACCGCGUCUUCAAGCACCCCUGGCGCGGGGCCCCGCGCUCCCGUCCGGAUUUUGAGGUGUAUAGGUAUCGGGCCGCAGCGAGUUGGAAUGGGGCUACGGAGGUGGUAGCCUGGGGGCUGGAGGGGACGGAUGAUGCUUCUGCUGGGCAGCAGCAGCAGCAGCAGCAGCAGCAGCAGGGGAAUCUGGAAUCAGGGGGAGAGGGUGGGAGUGCCGCGGCCUUGGCGAGAGUCACGACCGUGCCGAAGGUGGGGUUUGAAACUGUCAUCCCUAUUCCGGAGGAUGCAAGGGAAUACAGGUAUCUCCGCGUGCUGGCGCUGAAUGCCUCGGGCCAUGUGCUGAGCGCGUCCAAGCUGGCGCGCUGGGAUCCUGCGGCUGAGGAGGCGGUUGUGGUCUCUGGGACUGAGGAAGGUGAUGACUAUGGUCUGGGGCGGUUUGGCACUAGGGAGAGGGUAGCUGUGGCUGGGCUCUUGGGUUGUGCGCUGGUGCUCGUUGUCGGGGUCUGCCUCUUACGCCGGUUCGGAGUUCUGUUCCGGAGGACUGCGCUCCGUCGUGUGGAUGAUCGGAAGCGCGGAGGUUUCCGGCGUUCGAAACGCUGGGACGCGGAGGACGAGGGACGUUUGAGCGAUGUUGAAGGUGGGGAGGGGGUGGAACUCUCGUCUUUGUUGGGACAGCACCGGGUAGGCCCUCUAUCGGACAGAGAGGGUGAAGAAUAUCGAAGCAGGAAUUGAUACCCACGAAGCUGGUGUGAUUUAUCGGGUUGCCGUUUGGACUUGGCAAGC